UGGGUUCCAAUAUGCAAAAAUUUCCUUUCUUCUCUCCUGUCAGGAAAUGACAACAGUGAAGCCCUUCCUGAGUCUCUCCCAUCCGCUCCUGGAACAUUGCCUCAUUUUAUGCAGGAACCAGAUGAUGCUUACAUCAUUAAAAGCAACCCCAUUGCCUUGCGAUGCAAAGCCAUGCCCGCUAUGCAGAUUUUCUUCAAGUGUAAUGGUGAAUGGGUCCACCAAAAUGAGCAUGUCUCUGAGGAAAGCAUGGAUGAAAGUACAGGCUUGAAGGUUCGAGAGGUGUUCAUCAACGUGACAAGGCAGCAGGUGGAGGAUUUUCAUGGGCCAGAAGAUUACUGGUGUCAGUGUGUUGCAUGGAGCCAUUUAGGGACCUCAAAAAGCAGGAAGGCAUCAGUCCGCAUAGCCUAUUUACGGAAAAACUUUGAGCAAGACCCACAAGGAAAGGAGGUUCCUAUUGAAGGGAUGAUUGUUCUGCACUGUCGGCCACCAGAGGGAGUACCUGCAGCUGAGGUGGAAUGGCUUAAGAAUGAGGAGCCCAUCGAUUCCAACCAGGAUGAGAACAUCGACACCAGGGCAGAUCACAACCUGAUCAUCCGCCAGGCCCGUCUGUCUGAUUCCGGGAACUACACUUGCAUGGCUGCCAACAUAGUGGCCAAGAGAAGGAGCAUGUCUGCAACAGUCGUGGUGUAUGUGAAUGGAGGCUGGUCGUCAUGGACUGAGUGGUCUAACUGCAAUGUGCGGUGUGGCCGAGGCUGGCAGAAGCGAUCCCGGACCUGUACCAACCCUGCUCCGCUCAACGGGGGUGCAUUUUGUGAGGGAAUGUCAGUGCAGAAAAUUACCUGCACUUCACUUUGCCCUGUGGACGGUAGUUGGGAGGUGUGGAGCGAAUGGUCAGUCUGCAGCCCGGAAUGUGAGCAUCUGAGAAUUCGGGAAUGUACAGCUCCACCUCCAAGAAAUGGAGGAAAAUUCUGUGAGGGCUUUAGUCAAGAAUCUGAGAAUUGCACUGAAGGGCUUUGCAUUCAAGAUAAAAAACCUCUUCAUGAAAUAAAACCCCAAAAUAUCGAGAACGCCAGUGACAUUGCCUUGUACUCAGGCCUGGGUGCUGCAGUCAUUGCUGUAGCUGUGCUGGUAGUCGGCAUUACACUCUAUAGACGGAGCCAGAGCGAGUACGGGGUGGAUGUGAUUGAUUCAUCCGCGCUGACAGGAGGCUUCCAGACAUUUAAUUUUAAAACAGUCCGGCAAGGUAACUCCCUGCUUCUGAACUCAUCCAUGCAGCCUGACUUGACAGUGAGCAGAACGUACAGUGGACCCAUCUGCCUGCAGGACCCCAUGGAUAAGGAGCUCAUGACAGAAUCUUCACUCUUUAAUCCCUUGUCAGACAUCAAGGUCAAAGUUCAGAGUUCAUUCAUGGUUUCCCUGGGGGUGACGGAGCGGGCCGAGUAUCACGGAAAGGCACAUUCUGGAACGUUUCCCCAUGGGAACAACAGAGGCUUCACGACAAUACAUGCCAGGAACAAAACUACAUACAUUCAGAAUCUGUCAUCUCUUUCAACAAGAAGUGAGCUGAGAACGACUGGCAUUUUUGGCCACCUGGGUGGCCGUUUAGUGAUGCCAAACACAGGAGUCAGUUUGCUGAUACCACAUGGAGCUAUCCCUGAAGAGAGCUCAUGGGAAAUCUAUCUUACCAUCAGUCAAGGGGAGUCCAGUCUACAGCCAGAAGGCACAGAAGUUCUUCUUGGUCCAGAAGUCACAUGUGGCCCUCCAGAUGUGACUGUCACCACUCCUUUUGCCUUGACUAUACCGCAUUGCGCAGAAGUAAAUUCUGAACAUUGGAAUAUUCACUUGAAAAAAAGAACACAACAAGGGAAAUGGGAGGAAGUGAUGUCCAUGGAAGAGGAAACUACUUCCUGCUACUGCCUAUUGGAUCCUUACGCCUGUCACAUUCUCUUAGACAGCUUUGGAACUUACGCUCUCGCUGGGGAGCCCAUCUCUGACUGCGCAGUUAAACAGCUGAAAGUGGCAGUGUUUGGCUGCAUGUCUUGCAAUUCGCUGGAUUACAAUCUGAGAGUGUACUGUAUGGACAACACCCCUUGUGCAUUUCAGGAAGUAGUUUCAGGUGAAAGACACCAAGGAGGACAGUUGCUGGAGGAACCUAAGUUGCUGCAUUUCAAAGGGAAUACCUUUAGUCUUCAGAUCUCCGUUCUUGAUAUCCCCCCUUUCCUCUGGAGAAUUAAACCAUUUACUGCAUGUCAGGAAGUUCCUUUCUCUCGUGUGUGGUGCAGUAACCAGCAGCCACUGCACUGUGCCUUUUCACUGGAGCGUUACACUCCCGCAACCACACAACUGUCCUGCAAGAUCUGUGUUCGGCAAGUCAAGGGCCAUGAGCAGAUCCUACAGAUCCAGACAUCUAUUCUAGAGAAUGAGAGAGAAACCAUCACUUUGUUUGCACGUGAGGACAGCAACUUCCCUACACAAACUGGUCCAAAAGCCUUCAAAAUCCCAUACUCCAUUAGACAGAGAAUAUGUGCGACAUUUGACACACCCAAUGCUAAAGGCAAAGACUGGCAGAUGUUAGCACAGAAAAACAGCAUCAACAGGAAUCUCUCUUACUUUGCUACACAAAGCAGCCCAUCUGCUGUCAUUUUGGACCUGUGGGAAGCCCGACAUCAGCAUGAUGGUGACCUUGACUCUCUAGCCUGUGCCCUGGAAGAGAUAGGACGGACACACUCCAAAAUCUCAAAUAUUACAGAAACUCAGAUUGAGGAGACCGACUUCAGCUACAGCAGGCAAAAUGGACUUUAG